AAUGAAAUUAAGGUUUUGCAUUUUGUGGGAGGUUUUAAAAGGAAAAAAACAUGAGAGAGAUUUCAGUUUCUAAGUAGCAUUAUAUUGGUCUACAUUAAUAAUUUUCACAGCAGGUCUUCAGAAGUUUUACUGCAAACAAUCACAGUCUUUGUUUCACAGAUCCUCUUAGGUCUGACGUUCGAUCAAAGUCCUCACAUCAGCAGCUAACUUAGGAAAAAUGUGAAAUGCUGGUCUGCAUUACAAAGCUGCCCUCACAAAUCAUGCAAGUGGUUCUGGAAGCUGGACAUUGUGGGCCUAAUUUUAGCCACUGUCUUUACAUUUAAAAAUCAAAUCCACACAGGAUUUCUUCUGAGCAGCAUAGACUUACUCACUGCAAAUUUGUGGUGUACUUUUUCCAUCUUCACUCCAAUAUUAAUUACACAUAACAUGCUAAUUUGUCCCAAAUUUAAAGACAAUUAUGUGAAUAAAUAAUGAAUGAGCAGAUUUCUUAAUAAAAACAAAGAGCCAUUAGAGAGAAAUAUGUCCUGCAUCUAAAUGUAGGUGUAAAUAAUUUAAGACUGAUUUUUACAUCUGAUAUAUAGUGCACUGAUAAUUCCCAUUGCAUUUAUAUCAUAUUAAUAUAUAUCACACUGAUGACACAUAUGUUAUUAAGACAUGGGUAUAAAAAUCUUAAAAGGAGGAAAGAGAAAUGGAAGCAUUAUCUUACUAUAAGCUGCCUGACUUAGAAGGAAAUAUAUCUGAUAGUAGGAACUUUAAACAACUAUCACAAGAAAAGCUGAAUGGAAAACAGAUCUGAGGAAUUUCGUUCCUUUGAACCUCCAAGUAAAACCCUAAGUAAGAUUAUGCAAACCUAAAAACCCUAUCCUGAUUAAGAGGGAAAAAAUGCACCCCUUUCUCCAAGUUCUUGUAGAUUUCUCCACAGCUGCUAGGGGAUGUGUUGGGUAAAGAAAGCUCUAACAAAUCAGCAUUCUUUUCCACAUGACCACAGCUAAUUGGCCCCCCUGCAGACCAAAUGACCAAUCACAUCAGCAUCAUAAGAAAACCAACCCCCCCACAUUAUAAACUGUGGAAUGAGACAUGUAAGCCCAUUUUGAACAAACAUCCUUCAAAACUGGUUGUCAAAGGGGGGCUUUCUUCCUUGCAUUGGAAUAACUGUACAGAGAAACGCCUGGUGUACUUAUAUCCAAGACAUCUACCUUGCUCCCUUUCCCCGCCGGGCAGAUAAGCGCUACAAAGAUACUGGGCUAUUGCAAAGAUGACUGAGAUAAUGUAUAAGAAGCACUUUGAACACUCUAAGGCACUUCAAAAGGCUAAGUAUUACUAUUAUUCUUCAAUGCCCCAUCAGAUUAUUCAGUUGCUUCUGCUUCUGCACCUCAGUACUACUAACUAGAGAUCUUUAUCAACACUUGCCUUCCAAUCUAUAGCAAUUUAGCAAGAUUAUACCAUUCUUUCCCAGCCUUUUAAUAAACACAGCAGAGGUGGGCAAAGUGGAGAGUUGUGUAGGCUGCAUGCAAGUUCAUAGAGCCUGUGUUGAGAGCCUUAAUAGCUGCUAAAAAAUUCAGAGUGGAAGCGGCUAGCCCUCGAUGCUUCUCAUGGACAUGAUUAACCAUUUCUAACUGCUGUUUGGGGGAGGAUUCAGUCUAUUAAAAAGUCAAAAUAGGCUUAUAAAGAAACUGGAUAUUUCAGAAUGGUCAUUUCCUAAAAUGAUCUUGACACAUUUAAAGGGAAGGCUGACUCUGUAUACCUGAAAAGCCCCAGGGGGCAAAAUAGCCUGUAAGUGUUCAAGUCUGGCCCCCAGACUCCUGGCACCAUGAUUUCUCAUCACCAUGGCCUGGAUUUUUUAAUGAUAUUUAAAAUUGUUUUGGAAGCUGCCUGGGAGAAAGGCAGAACAGAAUUGCAAUAAACACAUAAAUGGAUGCAGCUUGCCAAAGUUCAAAGACAAUGGCCCCUGAACCCAGCAAUCCCAUUCCUGGAACACAGAGUAGAAUAUUUUGGUUGAGAGAAUGGUGUUCUAUGAAUACAAAUUUGUGAUCAGCUCACUGUCGAAUAGUCUCCCCAAUUAGUGAUUCCCAACCUUUGGUCCUCCAGUUGUUUGGGACUUUAGCUCCCACAAUUCCUAGCAGCUGGUAAAAUGGAUGGCAUUUCUGGGAGUUGAAGUCCAAGACACCUGGAGGACCAAAGUUUGGGAACACUGUCCUAGGUAAUCAACACCAGAGGAGUUCUGGACAGCCACUCACUUAACUCUCCUCUACACUUUAAAGACAUUCAUUCUAGAUAAAUUAAUUACUUUUGCUAAAUGACCCGGAAAUUGUAUAUACUUGAGAUAACCAGCCUACAGUUUUGUUAAAACUUUAAUUUCUUAAAAGUUAGUUUUUUACAAUUUUUCUUAUAUCUGCAAAAAGCAUAUACCAUACACUACAUUUAGAAAGCAUGCAAAUAUAAUAAACAAAUAAACAAUGCGAUUUCUAUAGUUUCCACACACAAGAGAGCACGUUAUUCACACGUUUAUGAUGGCAUCAAGCUUAAAAACAAAAAUGUAAAAUGAGUGAAUUGGAGCACUACAGACAAUAUAGUAAAAGGGAAAGCAAACAAGUAAGAAAUCACUAGAUAUUGGUUUUGCCUUUUAUUAUGCUGCUACAUUUAAAAUUCUGAAUUUUCUUACAUCGAAAGAAAACAACGAAUAUAAAAAAUAGGUUUGGUAGGGAGGGGGUUUAGAUCUGCAACUUCCUUACGAACAAAAUCUGCGAAAGGCAUAAUUAAGAACUUAAAAUUAAAAACAGAAUACAAUUGUACUCUGGCAAAUUUAGUUUAGAGUUGGACUUUUUUCCUCAGGACUUCCUUGCAGUUUAUAUAAUAUUUUACGUAUUAUUCUCUAUCCCCUUUUUUAAUGCAGCUUUACAUCAUCAGUGGCCUGAGUAUGUUCAGCAGAAGAGGCUAUAUCCCAGAAGAUGAGGACAGAAGUGAUAGAAGGCAACAACACCAAACCUACUGCUCCUCUCCUGACCCAACGGUAUCCAAGAAUGGUCACUAAAGAUGGACAUAGCACACUUCAGAUUGAUGGCGCCCAAGGGAAAGGUCUUGCAUACCUGAAAGAUGCCUGGGGAAUACUAAUGGAUAUGCGAUGGAGAUGGAUGAUGCUGGUGUUUUCUGCAUCUUUUGUCCUUCACUGGCUUGUUUUUGCGGUUCUAUGGUACCUGCUGGCUGAAAUGAAUGGGGAUCUAGAGAUUGAUCAUGAUUCCCCACCUGAAAACCACACCAUAUGUGUAAAGUACAUCACUAGCUUUACAGCUGCUUUUUCCUUUUCACUGGAGACACAGCUUACUAUUGGUUAUGGCACAAUGUUCCCAAGUGGAGACUGUCCAAGCGCAAUUGCUCUACUUGCUAUACAAAUGGUACUGGGUCUGAUGCUGGAGGCAUUCAUCACAGGUGCAUUUGUAGCAAAAAUUGCUCGUCCAAAGAACCGAGCUCUCUCCAUCCGGUUCACCUAUUCCGCAGUAGUGACACACAGAGAAGGAAAGCCAUACCUAAUGUUUCAAGUGGCUAAUACCCGCCCAAGCCCACUCACCAGUGUUCGGAUUUCUGCAGUUCUUUAUGAAGAGCAAGAAAAUGGUCAGCUUCAUCAAACUAGUGUAGAUUUCCAUCUAGACAGCAUCACUUCUGAAGAGUGCCCAUUCUUUAUUUUCCCUCUGACCUAUUACCAUUCUAUAAGUCCAUCGAGCCCCCUAGCCAUUCUCUUACAGAGAGAGGCUCAUCGUCAUUUUGAGCUAGUAGUCUUCCUUUCAGCCACACAAGAAGGCACGGGAGAAACAUGCCAGAGGAGGACAUCCUAUCUUCCAUCCGAGAUCAUAUUACACCACCAUUUUGCUUCCAUGUUGGUCCGAGGAGCCAAAGGGGAAUAUCAGAUCAAGAUGGAGAAUUUUGACAAGACAAUCCCAGAACUUCCAGGAGCAGAUCCCAAAAGCUCAAAGAGGACUGACAUGGAGAUCCGCAUCAAUGGACAGCACAUGGACAGCUCCCAGAUUUGUGAGACUCGUCUGACAGAAUAGACUUUGAAAGUGGCAACUGUUUUUUUUUAUUUUUUUAAAGAAAAGAACUGGAUUAGACUUUUGUGUCUUCAUUUUAUCCCUGUUUUCUUGUGCUCUUUUUGUUCUCUAUCGUUGACUUCAGAACAAUGUGCAGAAUAAAGAGCAUAAUAUGCAUGCAACUGGAUGAGCCGCUGGAUUAACGGCACAAAAACCGAGUCAGGGACAAGUAAUACUGCACAAAUUCUGGAAAACAGAAGUGCUACCUGCUGAAUUCACUAGACUAUGAUUAAAGCUGCACUGACCCUGAAAAAAGAGACUUUCGGAACCAGACAGCUCAUCAAAAAUCUAAUUAAAUGACAUGAGGGUAAAUACUGUAGCAAAAUGGACAAAACUAUAGUAAAUUAUAUCGACUUAAAAAGAAACUUCUCUUGAAAACUCUAAAUUCUCUCAGAUUCCUUGAAUCAGUUCUCUCUUGCUAUAAGGUUACAAGAGAAUAUGCUGAUGUCUAAACAUGCUAUGAAGAAUGUUGCUAGUAUUUUCUGUGGCAAUGAAAUUGCAAUCCUGCUGUGCUUGUUUAUUAAGGAAAAUCACAAGCAUUUGCUGAAGCUCUUUGUUCCAGCAGUUUAGAACAAGUUCAACAUCCUCCUUAGGCAGUUUUGCAAAAAAAAAAAAGUAAAUGACAAGACACUUAACGUGUAUUAGAAUGUCACAUUUUACUUUUGGACUAUUUUCAUAUUUAAAAUAUGCAUGAAUCCAACAAGUUCUACUCUCCUAUCAACAACUAUCAACACCUCAUGCUUCUGCCUUGUUGCAAGCCUGAGGUAGUCCUGUCAUCAGAAAGAUCCACUGCUUCAUGCAUUUAUUGCAGUUUCUUCUCAAUCCAUACAAUACAGAGAUAAACUGACUUUACAGUCAUUGUAUAAACAUGUAAUUAUGAGACUGAGCAAAAGGCUCUGUGGCACGAAUGAAUCAUAAUUAUUAUUAGAAAUAACAAUGUGGUUUAUUUGUUUUCAAUUAAAAUGAACAGUUUGUAAAUGGUCCAAGGGGCCACUUUUAUGUUUUCUUAAUGUUUUUUUUUCCAGCUAGAGACAUUAGUAAGUAUUCUGUACACAAAAAUCAAGAAAGCUAUAGUAAAUUAAAGGAUAAUUAAACAGCUCUUCCUGAAACACAUGGCAUAAGGAUCAAUAUUCUUACUUACAAAUGACCAUUUCUUUACUGAUCUGUUGUAAGGAGCUUAACCUUUAACUCUUUGACCUUGAUAAGCAUAUUUAUAUGUAUAUAGUACUGCUGAUAUUGAUAUUUGCUUUAAAAACAUAGUAUUUUCUAAGAAACCAUUCCUCAUUUACCCAAAUAUCUGGAAUGGUUUUGUGCCUAUCAGCAAAAAUGUGGAUAAUGUGCUUAACUGAAAACAUGGUAGGGUUUUGGACCAUCAGCUGCCAAGUUACAGUGGUGCCACCUGCCAGCUGCUAAAAGUUUAAGACCACUAAAAGAACAAAUAUUAUAUUAAAGUUACGAAUGUUGAUGUUCUGUAUAAGCAACUGAUAGCAUAGUUUGGCAUUAUGCUCAGAUGGAAAAAUGUCUUUGGAAACUGAAUUAUGAGAGAGCAGGGAGUCAUAAUUAUGUAUGUUAACAAUAGUUUCCAUCUGGGAAAUAUAUUACACUAUAGUAAUGGACCCUUAUGUUCCUUCACAGGGUUUUCAAAAUAUUUAUUCCCAUGUUUAUGCUGAGGCUUUAAUAUUUUCAUUCACAGUGUACUGUAAUAAUGGCUUAGCCCAAUGCAGAGCCCAAUUAAAAAUAAAAAUCACCAACUUGGAUUAAUAUAUAUUAAAUGGUAUUUGGAUUCACUUUCUUCUUUGUCCAUUUUGGUCACUUCAAAGAUUUUCUCCCCGUUCAACCAUUCCUCUAAGCAAUCAAAAUGUUAACCUAUUUGCCCUAUUGUAUCUCAAUAAAAUAUCAACUUAUCUAUCCCAA